AUGCCUUCAGAGCCGUCCCGAUCUGGCAUCGUCACUGACGAGACCAGCGGCGAGCGGCAGAUCCCAGAAUCCGUCCGCGCUGAUGGCACUACUCGAAAGGCGAUUAAAAUUCGACCUGGCUACCGUCCCCCAGAGGAUGUCGAGAUCUACAAAAACCGCACUGCCGAGGGUUUCAGAAAUCGCGGCAAGGGCGGCGUCAUUGGCGCAGAAGGACUAAAAGAACAGAAGGUCGAUGCCUCCUCUGCUGCAAGCAAUAAGAACGCCAAACGCCGUGAGGCUCGCAAGAAGGCCAAGGAGACGCAGGGCGAACCCUCCACAUCUGAGCAGCCUAAGGAGGAGCCCAAGGCUGAAGAGCUCGACCCCGAAGCCGAGAAGGAGAAGAAGGCUCGCAACCUCAAGAAGAAAUUGAAGCAAGCGAAGGAGUUGAAGAGCAAGAAGGAUGAAGGACAAUCGCUUCUUCCCGAACAGAUCGCCAAGGUUAUCAAAAUCAACGAGCUCAUUAGGGAAUUAGAGGCGCUUGGUUUCGACGCCGAGGGUGAGCCCAAGGCUGGCAAUGGUACCGCUCAGGCUCAAGAUGGCAAAGUAGAAGGAUGA